AUGUACAUGAACCGCAUUGCACCUUCAAAUUCGCAGCUCUAUAUUUCCGAUACCGAUGGGAGUAAUAAGGUGGCCCUCAUGGCCAACCAGACGAAACCCUUCGACUACCAUGCAAACUGGUCGCCAGAUGGAGAAUGGAUCGUCUUCACCAGUGAACGGCGUGGUGAUGGGCAGUCAGAUCUCUACCGUGUCAAGCCCGAUGGGAGCUCUCUGGAGGAAGUCAUCGUCACUGAUGUGUUUGAAGACAUCGCUUUUGUCUCUACCGCAAUCAACCACACGGCCAAUGUAUUCGUGAAGGACUUGACGAACGGAUCAGAUGCCACCCCAUGGAACAUUACAGGUAGUGACGAGACUGUCGGCAGCUUCUGGGGCCCACACGGCUUCUUCAGACCUCAAUGGUCUCCCGACGGCCAAUGGAUCGCCUUGAGUUCUGAUGCGAGUACCGACUGGACGGGUCACGGUAACGGCACGGGAUGGGAGCACACCCAAGAGCUUUCCAUAUACGUUGUCCGCCCAAAUGGCAGCGACUUCCGCAAAGUCAUUGGCUAUUCCGGUUGGUCCCUUGGCACACCUAAGUGGUCAGCCGACGGCCUCCGACUCGUCUACAACAACAUGACUGUCAAUAACACCUACUAUGCACAUGGCGUCGACUACCAAGAAGAAGGAGUCGUGUCUCAAAUCUUCAGCGUUGACGUCGGUACUGGCCUCGACGUCGUACAGCACACUUUCGAGGAAACUUGUAAGAUUUCCGGCACGUACAUUGGCAACUCAAGCAUGAUCGGCUAUGUGAUCAAGGCAGGGAUUAAUGCUGGCAUCAACUACACCAUCAGCGACAGUACACACGGGUAUAUCAACGGAACUUAUCUACGGAACCCUUCUUGGUCACCUGAUGGUAGUAAAGUUGUUUACGAAGUACCCGAUUUUACCUUGCGCACUGCUGAAGAAAGUCUCUGGAGCUUCGACUCUGAAUGGGAGUACCGUUACAUGGACGUUUUUCCUCAGCUCCAAAGCGGGACCGGAAAGUUGGUCACGACGCAGAAGAACGAGGGCAAUGCAUCGAACAAUGCUCUUGUAUUUAAUGCCGACUACACCGAUCAACAGACUGUCGUUAACGUAUACGAUCUGAACGACUCCGCAGAUUAUGUCUACAACUACGAGAUUGGCGAAGCAGGUGCUUUCCAGCCGACGUGGAGAAGCAAUACCUCCGGGCUGGCGGUAGGCUUCGGCUUCUGGUUUCAGGAACGGUCGGAUUACCCAAGCACCAUCUACCUAGCUGAUUCCAAUUCCACAACCAAUUCGUCUCAAUACAUCAAUUUGACGGAUCCAUCCAGUGCUCACAACGCCGGUUUCCCAUCCUUCAAUCCUGAUGGUACCAAGCUCGUGUACCGUCUCUGGGACGGCGACAACGGACCCCUGGGACUCCGAAUCCUGGAUCUCCAAACUCGCGAAACAUUCAACCUCACCUCCGGCUGGGACAACACACCGGGCUGGUCACCCAACGGGGAACUGAUCGACAUCUGCACCAUCAAGCCCGACGGCACCAAUCUCCAGAUCCUCACCGACUCAGGUGCGAAUGAUGCCCACGCAGUGUGGUCGGCGGAUAAUCACAUUAUGUAUAAUAGUGGGAUGUAUGGGUACAGGGAUGAGGAUGCGUUGUAUGAUAAUACGUUCCAGCCGUAUGGGCGGAUUGUUAUUAUGGAUGCGGAUGGAGGGAAUAAGACGUUGUUGACGGAUAGUAUGUGGGAGGAUUCGAUGCCGCUUUAUGUGCCGAACAGUUAUUUGGGUUAG